AGAGGUUUAAGUGAACGAGGAUCCAGAACACUAGACGAGUGACUCAGACGAAUGGAGACGCUCCCUGCGCAGUGAACAUGCAGCGGCACGCAGACAGAAGGAACACAGGCCGAGUGUGUGUGUGUGUGUGUUCAUCAGCGCUUCAGUCCGCAGAGAGCCGCUGGUGUCUGUAGUGACCCACAAACAUGCUUUAGCUUCUUUCGUUCUUCAAGUUCUGGAGGAGUUCACAAACACGCAGCUCGCUUGAGUCGUGUUUCACCUCUGAGACAAAAUAAUUAUAAUAAGAGCGUGGCAUUCCUGGACAUGAGUUCUGCAUCAACUUGAGCUUGAUGAAGAGCGGAGACACAGAAGGACGGAGGCGCUGUAUGAAGGAGACGCUGGUGUGUCUCACUCAGGUCCUGUAAUGGUGUUCAGGCUGUGCUGAAGGAGAUGAACGGAUGAACUGAGGGAAACACUCGAUUUACAGGCCAACAGAAUGUUCCAGAGGAGGAAAAAGAAGAAGAGGAAGUUGGAGAUCUCCACGCCUAAGAACUUCCAGCACCGCGUGCACACAUCUUUUGACCCAGUUCAGGGUUGUUUUAUUGGGUUGCCGCCGCAAUGGCAGAGCCUCAUAGAGACGCUGAAGAGACCCAAACCAGUGGUGGACCCGUCCAGCUUCACACAGGUGCAGGUCAGACCACAGAAGAGCAUCGUUCGUGGAAGUUUCAUCGGACACGAGGACUACAUUUCAGCGGCGAUCGCUCAGAUGAGCCGACUCUCCGUCACCAGCUCCAACUCUUUAAGAAGAAGGAGUCCGUCUGUGAGAAAAAGAGCGCAAUCAUUGGGUCGACUGGGGGAAUUAGCAGAAGCAGAGACUUAUGAAUAUCAGGAACUCAAUAAUACCAACCACAGGACGAGUUCAGACUUGCACAGAGGAUCCAGACCGAUCCAGAGUCCACAAACCGAGUCUAAACACUCACCAACAAGAGCUCGAUCCGUUCAUGAAGCGACCAUGUUUACAGGACUGAUGCCCAGAGAUAUUUUACUGCACAGGGCUGGGUGUGAGGGAAACGAUAAUGCUGGGAAUAAACCAAACCAGAGGCCGGUUUCAUGUUUGUACAGCCAAAGUGAUGGAGCCAAACUGAGCUCAGAUCAGCCGAAGAUGGAGACGCAGAGGAGGCCGCAGUCUACUUAUGACUUUAAGACCAAUUCUCCAAGUUUUCCAGCUCCAUCUAAACCCAAUGGAACCAGCAGUCCAAAACCAGGCCAUGGGAUAAUCUCCAUCCAGACGCCCCGCCGUUCCUCCAUCGAAAACACCCUCACACCCUCUACUAUCCCAGCUGAUGUUCCACCAGCACAGGAUAGCCCAUCAGAGCCCAGACCGGCCCCCAGCGGAGCUUCGUCUCCUGGGCUGACAGAACCCAGUGUCACACACACACAGUUCAGAGCCGCGCUGCAGAUGGUGGUAGAUCCAGGAGACCCGCGCUCACUCCUGGAGAACUUCAUCAAGAUCGGAGAGGGCUCGACUGGGGUGGUGUGCAUCGCCAGAGAGAAACACAGCGGACGACAGGUGGCCGUCAAGAUGAUGGACCUGCGCAAACAGCAGAGGAGAGAACUGCUCUUCAAUGAGGUGGUGAUCAUGCGGGACUACAGGCAUCAGAAUGUGGUGGAGAUGUACAAGAGUGCUCUGGUGGGUGAAGAGCUGUGGGUGAUCAUGGAGUACCUGCAGGGCGGCGCUCUCACCAACAUCGUCUCCGAGACCAGGCUGUCAGAGGAGCAGAUAGCGACGGUGUGUGAGUCUGUCCUGCAGGCACUGUGUUAUCUUCAUUCUCAGGGCGUCAUCCACAGAGACAUCAAGAGCGACUCUAUCCUGCUGACACUGGAUGGCAGGGUCAAGCUGUCAGACUUUGGCUUCUGCGCUCAGAUCAGUAAAGACGUUCCUAAGAGGAGGUCUCUGGUCGGGACUCCAUACUGGAUGGCACCGGAGGUGGUUUCUAAGACGCCGUACGGCACUGAGGUGGAUAUCUGGUCUCUGGGCAUCAUGGUGGUGGAGAUGGUUGAUGGAGAACCUCCGUAUUUCAGCGAAACACCAAUUUCUGCUAUGAAGAGACUGAGAGACGAGCCGCCGCCGACUGCUAGAAACGCCAGCAAGAUCUCUCCUGUCCUGCGGGACUUUCUGGACUCUAUGUUGACCCGUGAGCCGCAGCAGAGAUCCAGCGCAUCUGACCUGCUCCAACACCCCUUCCUGCUGCAGUGUUCAUCACCUCGCUGCCUCAUCCCACUGGUGGAGCAGACCCGCAGACGCACAUCCCACUGCUGACACACACACACACACUCUCCCAUUACACCAACCCAGGCUCAUUCUGAUUAUGUACCCCUGUAUACAUUUCUGGAGAGCGCCAAAUAUGUCCCAGGAGCCAUGUUGUUUUUUGCAGUUGUUGUUUUCAUGAAUCCACCAGAGGGCGCUGUGUACGCUUUCAGAUCUCAAAUUUCUCUCCUGAGUCCCUUUCACACCUGCCGUUCUCACGUAAAUCCACCAGAGGCCGCUGUCCGCUGACUGACUGACUGACCCACCCUCCUUUUUCCCUAAACCCAACCAAUAGUGUUUUCAAAAGCAAUCAGAAGAAGAAAAGUCCUCAUGGCAGCCUGAUUCUCACCACGUUUUCAGACUUUACCACAUUCUCACCCUGUUAUUUACUGGUCUAUUUUAUGUUUUGGCAACUGUUUUUGUCUUACUAUCUUUCUUAAACGGUUCUUCACCAGACUCAAACCUCUUCAUCGUGGUCAACUCCUUUCUGCGUGUCCAGUCCACUGAUGUACAUGGCGAGCUACUGGACAAACUGGCAACAGCAGGAAAACUGUCCAUACGGAGGUAAGCGGUCAGCUGCUAGCGCGAAAAGGAUUGUCAUACCACCCCAUAGCGUUCCUUUUAAAGACAAAAUGCGGCCAUACGUACCUCUGGCUACAUAAUUCAUGAUCUCCAGAAAUGUAUACAGGAGGACGUUUUCAGAAUGAGCCUGUGUUGCAUCAUACACUCAUCUACAGUCAUAUCUAUGGACCCUUUUCACAAGGCUGCUAUGCAGGGCUUGACAUUAAUUGAUCAGCCACUGUGGCUAGUAGUUUCCCAACAUUACUAGCCACUCACUAUUUUCACUAGCCACAAUUUUGUUGUUGGGGAAAUAUAUUUUACAUGCAUGAAUUUGACUUUGACAUGCUAAAAUGACUUGAUUUAGAUUGUGCAUUAUCUCCACAUGCCUCCUCAUUCAUUUCACUUUGUGUGUGUGUGUGUUGUGUAUGACUUUAACUCAAUGUGCAUGAGCAAAUGGGUCAUUGUUUCAUAGUGUCGUAUUACAAUUAGUUUUUAUUUCACAGGACUUUUCAGAGCCCAAAAUUAAGGAUUUACCUAAUUUAUCUCUCCAAACAUAAAUAAUUAAUUAUUUUAAACGUGUCAAACCAAGCUAAAUAUAGCUGGAUACUAUACUUUUUAUUUAACACAACGUUUCUUAAAGAAACAACAACACAAAACAAAAAACCGUUGACAAAUAAUAAUAAUUAUUGUCAUGUAUCUAAAAUAUGCACAGUAAUCUGUCCUGGCUAAAGGUCCCAGAUCACUCAUAAAUGGGAAGUUAAUAUCCUAUUAAAGCAAUAUUAUUGUUAAAAAAAUUAUAAUUAAACCACAUUAACAAAAAUAACUGUAAGCUAAAGAAAGCAGGUAAAAAAAACAUACUUACUGUGUGACAAUUAAUGAUGGAUGAACACACACACACACACACGGUUAAUGUUAGACCUAUUAAUAAUCAGAUCAAAUAAUGGUUAAAGCGAAAGCAACCGGCGCUGCUUACAAAAAGACAAAUCUGGAGCUUUUGAAAGCAGCGAGACAUGCUGUGUGUGCAUGCUCAUCACUUUUUGUCUAGUCUAUUUGACAGAGAACCGAUCACACUAGUUGCGUUUCUAGGUGAGGUUGCUUCACGCAAGGAAACGGGAGCGCACAUCACAUCAGCUGUUGGCACGAGUGAUCAUUCUCUCUUUCCGUAUUCACCUGCUUUCUUUUGCUCGCGCGAACACUAUUAUUUUUGUCAGUCGUGCUGCUUCUCGAUUCUAAGAUCGCAUUUGUAUGCAUGUUAGGCCAUCUUUAUUGUCGAAUCCUGCUUUAAAAAAACUUCAACUUUAAAAUUAUUUUCAAACAGCCAAAGUGGCUAAUGAGAGCGGCUGUCUAACCCGCCACAGCUGAAAUCUACCUGCUAUUAGCGGGUGUUAAUGUAAAGCCCUGCUGCUAUGACACAUUUAACGGUCAUCAUGAUCUUAAAUAUUUAGAUUUCUUUUAAAACACACGUUCAUGUUCAUCCAGAAACUCAACAAUACACUCUGUUCAGAUUGACUCCCCUUUGGUGAUGUUGGUGUCUGUUUUUGCCCUAUUGACCUCCAUUAUAAUCACAUGUAUUGAUUGUAAACCUCUGACAGCAUAUAAUCAUGCAUUCCUGAUUGCUGCUGUUGGAAAGAGACAAUGUGUUGUUUUAACUGUUGAUCAUCUGUUGUAGUGCAAAAAAAAGAAGAUAUUUUCAUCAUAAUGCUCAGCCCUUAAUAUACUGUAUGCAUGACAUGAAUGCUAGUUUUAAUAAUAAUAAUAAUUUCAAACACUUCUAUAGCAUUUUUCUGGCCACUCAAAGUGCUUUACACAUUGGGCAGGAUCUCCUCAUCCACCACCAGUGUGCAGCAUCCACCUGGAUGACGCGACUGCAGCCAUAUUCCGCCAGACCGCACACCAGCUAAUUGGUGGUGAGGAGACAGAGUGAUGAAGCCAAUUACAAUAUGGGGAUUGUUAGAAGGCCAUGAUGGACAGAGGCCUGUGGGCAAAUUUGGCCAGGAUGUCGCGGUUAAACCCCUACUCUUUUACCAAGGACAUCCUGGGAUUUUUAACGAGCACAGAGAGUUAAGACCUCGGUUUAACAUCUCAUCUGAAAGACGGCGCUCACUGAGCAAUAUAGAGUCCUCAUCAAUAUACUGGGGCAUUAGGACCCACACAGACCACAGGUUGAGCGCCCCCUUCUGGCCUCACUAACACCUUUUCUGGAAGCAACCCAUGUGGUCUCCCAUCCAGGUACUGAUCGGGGAACCCUGCUUAGCUUCAGUGGGCGACCAUGUGAGAGCUGCAGAGAGCUAGCUGCCGGUUUUGUUACUAUUUAACUAUUACUAUUUGACGUAAUGAUCAAGCAGAAAAACAGCACAUUGUUAAUCCACUGCACAAAACCGUUGACUAAUUAUUAAGUGUGCAAUAUCGAGAUGUUCGAUGGUGAGUUCAUUGAAUGCAUCGUUUGAAACUGUUCAGGAACAUGCAUUAGGAGUAACUGUGGAAUGAUAAAAGUAUCUGUUAGCGUUCCCUCUUUUCAGAUCCAGCAGAUUGUGAAGACACUGGCUGCGUCUGAAACCGCCUACUACUCAGUAGGUACUGCAUUUGAUUUAAACGUACUACUCGGCCAUUAGAGAAGUACGCUCUAUUCAGUAUGAAUGUGAAAAGUAUGAAUGGAAUUCGAAUGUACCACAUCCGCCAUUUUGUCAUGGUCAUGUGACCUACCUGCGUCAGUUGCGUCGCUUCACUCCCAUUCAUGAAUUCUCUCGUGGGGCAUACUUCUCGCAUACUGAUUAUCGAAUUCUGUGAAUUCAGACGUACUACUCGGCUCGCAUACUGAUUUUAGCGUACUGUAUAGUAUGGAAGUAUGCGGUUUCGGAUGCAGCGACUGUGUUUUAUCUUUGUCUUCAGAGAUAGAAGAGGACAAUAAAUGAUCUUUAUAAGUCAUGCUGUAAAUAUUUGGCAUUUUGAACUUAUUUGUUUCUUUAAACACUUUCAUUCAGACUACUGGAAGGAAAACAUUGUUACGACUUUAGGGAUUACGCUGUAGCAGAAAUGGGUUUGGUUACUGUGAGCGGGAAAAUAUGGAUGAAAUAAACAAUGUUAUAAAAAUGUGUCGGACCAGAGGGAUUCAGCAAAAGUGAAAGUAUUUAUUAUGUUUGGAAACAUCUUAAGGAAUAGUCAGUCUAAAUAAUAAGAAAUUAUUUUAACAAUCAGGUUUCAGAUAGGUAUUUUCAAAGUUAUACAAAGUUCACCUCUUGUGUGCUGUUGGGUCGUUUUCAUCUACUCUGAGGUGACUUUAAUUUAGCCACUACUUUCUCUGUGUUUCAGCAAAUGGGAUGAUUUUUGCUGAUAAAUCUUAUUUUGACUCAUAUUUUGGGAAAAUGCUUUGAAAUUUUUAAAAACAACAACACACUCUGGGCAGAUUGACUCUCCUUUGGUUAUGUUGGUGCUGUUUUUGCUCCAUUGACUUCCAUUAUAAUCACAUUUAUUGAUUGUAAAGCCAUGACAGCAUAUCAUCAUGCAUUCUUGAUUGAUACUGGUUUUCCCUGUUGGCAUUAAGAGGAACAAUGUAUCAUAUACUGUUGUUCAUCAAAAAAAAAAAAAAAAAGCUUAGUUUCUGGCUUUUAUAUGGAGUUGUGUGUGUGUGUGUGUGUGUGUGCGUGCGUGCGUGCGUGCGUGCGUGUGUGUGUGUGAGAGAGAUAAACCUUUUUGCACUUAUUUUAUUAUAUUCUUUAGCACAAUACAUUUUGGUGAUAGUUGGUCAGAAUUAUUCGCCCUCUUUGUUUUUUUUUUUUGUUUUUUCAGAUUUCAGAAUUUCUCACAGUAUUUCCUCUAAUAUUUUUUCUUCUGGAGAAAGUCUUAUUUGUUUUAUUUCAGCUAGAAUAAAAGCAGUUUUUAAUUGUUUUAAAGCCAUUUAAGGUCAAUAUUAUAAGCCCCUUAUUAGUUUUGGAUUGUCUCCAGAACAAACCAUCAUUAUACAAUAACUUGCCUAAUUACCCUAACCUGCCUAGUUAACCUAAUAACCUAGUUAAGCCUUUAAAUGUCACUUUAAGCUGUAUAGAAGUGUCUUGAAGAAUAUCUAGUCUAAUAUUAUUUACUGUCAUCAUGACAAAGAGAAAAUAAAUCAGUUAUUAGAGAUGAGUUAUUAACACUAUUAUGAUCAGAAAUGUGUUGAAGAAAUCUGCUCUCUGUUAAACAGAAAUUGGGGGACAAAUAUACAGGGGGGCUAAUAAUUCUGACUUCAACUGUAAGCCUUCUUUCAGACUAGUGGAGGGAAAACUAGGGCUUAAGCUUUAACAGUGAAAAUGUGGAUGAAAUAAUGUUGUAAAAAUGUGUUGAGCCAGAGAGAUUCGGUAAAAGUGAAAGUAUUUAUUGGUGUUUAGGAAUCUCUUCAGGGACAGACAAGGCUAAAAUAGUAAUACAUUACUUAAAGGGCACCUAGGUUAGCGGUUUUUUCAGAUUUAAUAUGUUUUGUGUCUCCAGAAAGUGUGUGUAAAGUUUCAGCUCAAAAUACCCAUCAGAUUAUUUAUCAUAGCUUUUAUUAAAUUCCUAUUUAUACAUUUUUUCACUGGGUGGUGGUUUUGGUGUGCUGCUCCUUUAAGGCUAGUCCUCCCCGCCCACCGUUUCUACGUGCCUGUCAGCGUGCCUUAAUCUCCUCCCUCGGCAGCGUCAGACAACAGACAGAUUUAAAGGAAGCAGAUCUCACAUAGCGUCUGUGAGAAAUACUACAGUAAGAACUUUACCAAUCAGUAUUUAUUGUGCAGUUGCAUGGUCACGCACACACACACACACACACACAGACAGAGCGCCUGUUUAGCUUUGCACUCUUUUUGCACGCAAAUGUGACAGGAUACAGGUUAAUCUCCACUGCUGUGUGAAUAUCUCUUAUGUUCAUGUACAGAAUAAACCUGAAUUAACGUCCACAAA